AGACACUGAUCUGAUGUGGGUUAGUUAUACAAAUCUUUGACCUAACGUAACCAAACACUGUCAACUUUCGUCAAGCUGGGCUUGUAUUGCACUGAAAUCGUCGACAACUGUAUGCUUAAUGUCUGUGACCGAGAUGGCAGUGGCUGUACAGACUUAUUGGAGAAAAUAGGUAUGGUUUUGAAAACGUUUUAUCCAACAAGAACAAGGCUAGUUAACAACUAACGUCAGCUAGCGAGCUAACGUUAUAGCUAGCUAGCUGCAGUGCAGUCUCUUGGACCAGAUUGCCCUAACGUUACCCCCUGCAUACUUUUUCAUUGAGAGAAAGGACUGCUGAGAUCAAAAGUAAGUUAAUAAAAUAUAUGUUUACUGAUUAAUCACAAUUUCUAAACUUGCUCACAUCCAUGUUCAUCUGAUCACAUCCAUGGUUAUCUGCAACGAACGUUAGGCUAACUUCAAAUGUAACGUUAGCUUAUGUUAUGCAAACAAGGUAAAGGUAAUUGCUGUGUCACGUCUGUAAUGUUAGCCAUGAGAAGGUAUUUCAACUAUCCACAUCACAUAUGCAAUGAACAGCAUGCAAUAGUCAGUUCAAGUGAAGCCCUGAUACAUUCGCUUGCUAGCUAAUAUUCAACAUUAAUUAAAAUUCAUGUAAUGAAAGGUCUGCUAAAUGACGAAAAUAUAAUGUAAAUGAAAGCAAAUAGUUCAUUUAAAGUGACAUUAGACCUAACCACAAUGAAUCUGUAACGUGAGGUGUAUUUAUUCCAGAAAGCAACUUCCUGUCUCAUGUGUUACCAGUAGGGGGCGUUUUGACCCCAGGAAGAGUCGCUGCUACUUUUGCAACAGCUACAGCAGCGUUUCCCAAACUUGGUCCUGGGGACCCCAAGGGGUGCACGUUUUGGUUGUUGGCCUAUCACUACACCGCUUAUUCAAAUAAUCAAAGCUGGAUGAUAAGUUGACUAUUUUAAUCAGCUGUGUAGUGCUAGGGCAAAAACCAAAACGUGCACCCCUUGGGGUCCCGAGGACCGAGUUUGGCAAAUGCUGAGCUACAGGCAGACCCGUCGCCAGACCUCAGUCUUAAGGGGGGCAUAUGGAAUUCAUGGGAGGGCAGGGCACAAUUAUUAUUAGCCUACAGUACAUAUAUUUAAUAAUAAAUUCCCUCAAGUGGGGGGGGGGGGGGGGCACAAGCAUUUUUGGGUGUGGGUGUGGCUACGGGUGUGGCUACAGGGUUGCCAUAAAGUAAUAAACCCCACCUAUUUCUACAAUUUAUCUUCUUAAAAUGUGAUUUCAAACCUAACCACACUGCUAAACUUAUGCCUAACCUUAAAUUAAUACCAAAAAGCAAUUUUGACUUUGUGGCUGUGGUAACUAGUGGAAAUCCAGCUACAAUGCCUUCAGAAAGUAUUCAUGCCCCUUGACUUAUUCCACAUUUUGUUGUGUUACAGCCUGAAUUCAAAAUUGAUUAAAAAAUACAUCUCACCCAUCCACACACACAAUACCCCAUAAUGACAAAGUGAAAACAUGUUUUUAGACAUUUUGACAAAUUUAUUGAAAAUGAAAUACAGAAAUUUAAUUUACAUUAAAUAGGCAAUACUUUGUAGAAGCACCUUUGGUGGCGAUUACAGCUUUGAGUCAUCUUGGGUAUGUUUGUAUCAGCUUUGCACAUCUGGAUUUGGAUAUUUUCUCCUAUUCUUCCCUGCAGAUCUUCUCAAGCUCUGUUAAGUUAGAUGGGGAGCGGCAGUGAACAGCAAUCUUCGUCUUUCCACAGAUUUUCAAUGGGAUUCAAGUCUGGGCUUUAGCUGGGCCACUGAAGGACUGUCACAUUCUUGUUCUGAAGCCAUUCCAGCAUUGCGUUGACUGCAUGCUUGGGGUCAUUUUCCUGUUGGAAUGUAUAUCUUCGCCCCAGUCUAAGGCGUUUGCCCUCUGAAGCAGGUUCUCAUCAAGGAUUUGCCUGUAUUUGGCUGCAUUCAUUGUUCCCUCUAUCCAGUUUCCUAGUCCCUGCCGCUGAAAAGCAUCCCCAUAGCAUGAUGCUGCCACCAUCAUUCUUCACGGUAGGGAUGGUGUUAGAUGGUUGAUGAGCUGUGCCUGGUUUUCUCCAGACAUUUCCUUUUAAUUUUUUUGUCUUAUCAGACCACAUAAUCUUUUGCCUUAUGCUCUCGUCGUGCUUUUUUCUCAGCAGUGGCUUCCGUCUGGCUACUAUUCCAUGAGGCCCAGAUUGGUGAAGUGCUGUAGAGACUGUUGUCCUUCUGGCAGGUUCUCCUAUCUCAGCCAAGGAACUCUGUAGUUCUGUCAGUGGUUCUUGGUCAACUCACUGAACGAGGUCCUUCUUGACCGGUUGCUCAGUUUGGUCGGUCGGACGGCAGGCUCUAGGCAGAGUCCCGAUGAUGGAGACCACUGUGCUGUUGUAAACUUUCAACACUCUAGAAAUUGUUUUGUGCCCUUCCCCAGAUAAAUGCCUCAUCACAGUUCUAUCUCAGCGAUCUAUGGAUAGUUCCUUGGACUUCAUGGUAUAGUUUCUUCUCUGACAUGCACUGUCAACUGUGGGAGCUUAUGUAGACAGGUGUUUCUUUCUAAAUCAUGUCCAAACAAUUGAAUUGGCCAUAGGUGGACUCCAAGUUGUAGUGACAUCUCAAGGAUGGUAAUUGGAUGCAUCUGAGCUCAAUUUGGAGUAACAUAGCAAAGGGGCUGUGAAUACUUAUGUAAAUUAGAUAUUUCUGUAUUUAAUUGUCAAAAAAUGUGCAAUUUUUUAAAAACAUUUUCACUUUGUCAUUAUGGGGUAUUGUGUGUAGAUGGGUGAGGAAAACAAAUCAAUGUAAUCCAUUUUGAAUUCAGGCUGUAACACAACAAAAUGUGGAAUAAGUCAAGGGGUAUGAAUACUUUCUGUAAUGGGGAUCCUAAUAAAAUAAAAAUGUUGACCCUUGUUUUGAUGCAGAUUAUGCACAUUAGCCUUCAUGUUGAUCAACUCAGUCUGACACAGGCCUGUCUGGGGUCUCCAACUCCAGUCCUGGACAGCUACUGGGUGUGCAGUUGCUCUCGACAACCAAACACAUUAACAAGGCAUUCUGCCUUAUCCCAAGGUUUCUCAGCUAUAAGCACAGUUUACCAGUGGGACCAUGUGAACUACAAUCCCAAUGCUCUGUUUUAACGUUUAGAAACGUCAAUAAUCAUCGCUUGCGAUACGGUUUUCGAAACAUGGAACUUAUCUUUCAUAUCAGCGAGAAAUAAUCGUUCAAAUAAAAAAUAUAUACUUAUUUACAUUUACAUUUUAGUCAUUUAGCAGACGCUCUUAACCAGAGAGACUUACAGUUAGUGAGUGCAUACAUGUUUUUAUUUUAUUUUAUUUUUUAUACUUGCCCCCCGUAGUAGGUUUGCACAUAUCCAUAUGGCUGUGUGCCUCCAGCCGACGAACUACACUUCCACUACACUUCCUCCCUAGUUACGCUUACACACAGGGUUUCGAGCAUGCUAGAUAGAUAAUUAGCACAGGUGGUCAAUUCUGUCUUCUGUCUGCCUUCCGUAAAAACAAGCGCUGUAACACGGAGAAAUGGCCGUGUGGGAACACUAACCCUAUAAAGGUGUGUAGUAAUUUGACCUUUUGUUUUUUGAACAUGAUUUCUCGCGGAUAUGAACGGUACGUUCCUUAUGUUUCCAAAACCAUACACAAGCGAUGCGCGUUAACGCUCAGAAUAAGCUUCGGGGCUCUUAACAAAACACCCCGGCCAAAAGAUACACUAUGUAUACAGAAGUAUGUGGUCACCCCUUCAAAUUAGUGGAUUCGGCUAUUUCAGCCACACCCGUUGCUGAUAGGUGUAUAAAAUUGAGCACACAGCCAUGCAAUCUCCAUAGACAAACAUUGGCAGUAGAAUGGCCUUACUGAGGAGUUCAGUGACUUUCAAUGUGGCACCGUCAUACAGUAGGAUGCCACCUUUCCAACAAGUCAGUUCGUCAAAUUUCUGCCCUGCUAAAGCUGCCCCGGUCAACUGUAAGUGCUGUUAUUGUGAAGUGGAAACAUCUGGGAGCAACAACAGCUCAGCCGCAAAGUGGUACUCCACACAAGCUCACAGAACAGGACCGCAGAGUGCUGAAGCGCGUAAAAAUCAUCUGUCCUCGGUUGCAACACUCACUACCGAGUUCCAAACUGCCUCUGGAAGCAACGUCAGCACAAGAACUGUUCGGGAACUUCAUGAAAUGGGUUUCCAUGGCCGAGCAGCCGCACACAAGCCUAAGAUCACCAUGCGCAAUGCCAAGCGUCGGCUGGAGUGGUGUAAAGCUCGCCGCAAUUGGACUCUGGAGCAGUGGAAACGCGUUCUCUGGAGUGAUGAAUCACGCUUCACCGUCUGGCAGGCUGAUGGACGAAUCUGGGUUUGGCGGAUGCCAGGAGAACACUACCUGCCCCAAUGCAUAGUGCCAACUGUGAAGUUUGGUGGAGGAGGAAUAAUGGUCUGGGGCUGUUUUUCAUGGUUCCGUCUAGGCCCCUUAGUUCCAGUCAAGGGAAAUCUUAACGCUACAGCAUACAAUGACAUUCUAGAUAAUUCUGUGCUUCCAACUUUGUUGCAACAGUUUGGGGAAGGCCCUUUCCUGUUUCAGCAUGACAGUGCCCCCGUGCACAAAGUGAGGUCCAUACAGAAAUGGUUUGUCGAGAUCGGUGUGGAAGAACUUGACUGGCCUGCACAGAGGCCUGACCUCAACCCCAUCGAAGCCGACUGCGAGCCAGACCUAAUCGCCCAACAUCAGUGCCCGACCUCACUAAUGCUCUUGUGGCUGAAUGGAAGCAAGUCCCUGCAGCAAUGUUCCAACGUCUAGUGGAAAGCCAUCCCAGAAGAGUGUAGGCUGUUAUAGCAGCAAAGGGGGGACCAACUCCAUAUUAAUCCUAACCUAAAGUGUCCGGUUUCACCAAAGAAACGUUUCCCAUCAACAAAAACAUAUCUAUAAUCUCUAGGAACACUACGUACCAGUCGUCAGGUUAAAUGUGUCCCUCGCUAUCAAAAACACGUUAAUUUUUUUUUUUUUAUCCAAGGUCUUCUGUUCAAACGAUUUAGUCUGGCUGACACCUAACUCGAAGUCCUCCUGACUUCAGUCUGUGAAGUUGAUGUUGUCUACACUAUGCGUCGAUAUUGAAGGGGGCUGUGCUUUUUACUGGUUGGUUCUCCUCUGUCUUUCUCACUCAUACACCAACAUGGACAGCCACACUAAUGCCUCUUUGUGUUUCCGGUGGACAAAGUCAAUAGUAGGCUAAUCGUUUUCCAGCUUGCUAACAGUCAUCAAAAUGAAAGCUAAACAGUCAGGGAGCAUUGGAAAUUCCAAAGGCAAUGGAUAGAGGACAAUUUCUUAGCACAUUUUGACGGCUAGGAAAUAUAAUACAUUUUCAGUGCGGCCCUCCAGACCUCUGUGAAGACCGAAUGCGGGGCAAAUGAGUUUGACACCCCUGCUCUAGAUGCUGAUUUUUGGUCUGUUUUAGCGUUUUUCACACUAAUGGUUAAGGUUAGCAUUGGGUGAGGGGAAGCUGAUCCUAGUUCUGUACCUAGGGGAAACUUGACCCCGGAGUGUGUGCAGGCUUUUGGUCCAGCACUAACAACACUGGCUUUGAGUAAAGCCAGUGUGUCUAUGUAUGCGGAUGACUCAACACUAUACACGUCAGCUACUACAGCGACUGAAAUGACUGCAACACUUAACAAAGAGCUACAGUUAGUUUCAGAAUGGUUGGCAAGGAAUGUUAGUCCUAAAUAUUUCAAAAACUAAAAGCAUUGUAUUUGGGACAAAUCAUUCACUAAACCUCAACUCAAUCUUGUAAUGAACAAUGUGGAAAUUGAGCAAGUUGAGGUGACUAAACUGCUUGGAGUAACCCUGGAUUGUAAACUGUCAUGGUCAAAGCAUAUUGAUACAACAGUAGCUAAGAUGGGGAGAAGUAUGUCCAUAAUUAAGCGCUGCUCUGCCUUCUUAACAAUACUAUCAACAAGGCAGGUCCUACAGGCCCUAGUUUUGUCGCACCUAGACUACUGUUCAGUAGUGUGGUCAGGUGCCACAAAGAGGGACUUAGGAAAAUUGCAAUUGGCUCAGAACAGGGCAGCAUGGCUGGCCCUUGGAUGUACACAGAGAGCUAACAUUAAUAAUAUGCAUGUCAAUCUCUCCUGGCUCAAAGUGGAGGAGAGAUUGACUUCAUCACUACUUGUAUUUGUGAGAGGAAUUGACAUGUUGAAUGCACCAAGCUGUUUGUUUGAACUACUGGCACACAGCUCGCACACCCAUGCAUACCCCACAAGACAUGCCACCAGAGGUCUCUUCACAGUCCCCAAGUCCAGAACAGACUAUGGGAGGCGCACAGUACUACAUAGAGCCAUGACUACAUGGAACUCUAUGAUGAUGCAAGCAGAAGAAUCAGAUUUAAAAAAUACAGAUAAAAAUACACCUUAUGGAACAGCGGGGACUGUGAAGAAACAAACGCAGGCACAGACACAUGCAUACACACGCAUGAUAUUAUACACACACGUACACAUGGAUUUUGUGUUGUAGAUAUGUGGUAGUAUAGUAGCAUGCCUGAGGGCAUACACUUAAUGUGUUGUGAAAUCUGUUGUGAAUGUAUUGUAAUGUUUUCAAAAUUGUAUAACUGCCUACAUUUUGCUGGACCCCAGCUGCCAAGGCAGCAGCUAAUGGGGAUCCAUAAUAAAUACAAAUACCUACUCUGACCUAUCUUCAUGUUUCUGUAGGAUGUUUUUGGUGGGGUUGACGGGAGGAAUCGCCUCAGGGAAGAGCACUGUGUCCUCUCUGCUGCGAGAGCUUGGCUGCCCCAUCAUCGAUGCCGAUGUGGUGGCUAGAAAAGGUACAGGCUAUGGGGCUGAAAGGGAUUUUUUUCCUCUCACGCGCACGCAUGCUCGCGCACACACAAAAUUGGGUCCAUUUUGACAUUCCACACACUUGUAUUUGCAUACAUUUUAAAACCAUUGUGCAGUUUAAAGUCAUUGCACAAUUUACUUGAGCGUGCCCCAAUUAUUUGUAUUGAUCACUAUGCCAUGAAGAGGAGGCUGGUGGGAGGAGCUAUAGGAGUACAGGCUCAUUGUAAAGACUGGAAUGGAAUUAAUGGAACGGUAUCAAACAAACCACAUAUUUGACUCCAUUCCAAUUAUUCUAUUCCAGCCAUUACAAUGAGCCCGUCCUUCUAUAGCUUCUCCCACCAGCCUCCUCUGAUGUCAUGCCAUUGUAUCAGUCGUAUUCAAUCCAGACUCAUUUUGAAAGAACUGUCCUGUUGACAUAUUUAAAGGGUAUGUUUUGACAACACUAGGGUUGAAUAGCAGGAACCAGGUUACCAAGAGUUACUGGGAUUUCCGGCCCUAACCCACUCCCUUUUCUCGGGAUAAGUAACUGUGAGGAACCGGUAAAUUACACUGAACAAAAAUAAACGCAACCAUGUAAAGUGUUGGUCCCAUGUUUCAUGAGCUGAAAUAAAAUAUCCCAGAAAUGUUCCAGAUGCACAAAAAGCUUAUUUCUCUAAAAUGUUGUGCACAAAUUUGUUUACAUCCCUGUUAGUGAGCAUUUCUCCAUUGCCAAGAUAAUCCAUCCACCUGACAGGUGUGGCAUAUCAAGAAGCUGAUGAAAUAGCAUGUUCAUUACACAGGUGCACCUUGCGCUAGGGACAAUAGAAGGCCACUCUAAAAUGUGAUGUUUUGUCACACAACACAAUGCCACAAAUGUCUCAAGUUUUGAGGGAGCGUUCAAUUGCAUGCUCCCUCAAAACUUGAGACAUCUGUGGCAUUGUGUUGUGUGACAAAACUGCACAUUUUGUGGCCAUUUAUUGUCCCCAGCACAAGGUGCACCUGUGUAAUGAUCAUGCUGUUUCAUCAGCUUCUUGAUAUGCCACACCUGUCAGGUGGAUGGAUUAUCUUGGCAGAGGGGAAAUUCUCACUAACAGGGAUGUAAACAAAUUUGUGCACAACAUUUGAGAGAAAUACGCUUUUUGUGCGUAUGGAACAUUUCUGGGAUCUUUUAUUUUAGCUCAUGAAACAUGGGACCAACACUAUAUAUUUUUGUUCAGUAUAAAUAAAAAUCAUAGCCUACCUCUUUCAGGUAAUAAAUUAGACUUAUAUUUAGCUAAUGAAUGAUGGGUUAUGCGUAAGCUUCUAACUUAUAUCCUCUGUCUCUUGCGCAAUACACACCUGCGCUCUGCUGGCGUCUCUCCUUAAAAAACGCUCCUUCCCACUGGGCACACACUGGUUGAAACAACGUUUUUUCCACGUCAUUUCAAUGCCAUUACAUUGAACCAACGUGGAAUAGACGUUGAAUUGACGUCUGUGCUAAGUGCGUUAGCUCUUGGAGUCCCAGGAAAAGCUAGACUAGAAUAGCUUGCUGGACAUUUUUUAAUAUUUUGCAUUUCGUAUACUAAUAGACUAUUAGAGGGAUGCAAGGUCUUGUUUGCUGAAUGUUAAAUACAGCAGCCAAUAGAACUCACGGGGAGUUUGAAAGAAGAGAGAACACACGCGAUGGUGGUAGGCUAUAGAAGUUAGGCCUAUUUAUUCAGACCAUAAUCAUUCAAUCUUCGUGAAAGCCGUCUGCAUCUUAUUCCAGUCCUAUAUUAUUCAAGCAUGUCAUUACAAUUAUGACGAUACAGUGGGGAAAAAAAGUAUUUAGUCAACCACCAAUUGUGCAAGUUCUCCCACUUAAAAAGAUGAGAGAGGCCUGUAAUUUUCAUCAUAGGUACACGUCAACUAUGACAGACAAAUUGAGAAGAAAAAAAUCCAGAAAAUCACAUUGUAGGAUUUUUAAUGAAUUUAUUAGCAAAUUAUGGUGGAAAAUAAGUAUUUGGUCACCUACAAACAAGCAAGAUUUCUGGCUCUCACAGACCUGUAACUUCUUCUUUAAGAGGCUCCUCUGUCCUCCACUCGUUACCUGUAUUAAUGGCACCUGUUUGAACUUAUCAGUAUAAAAGACACCUGUCCACAACCUCAAACAGUCACACUCCAAACUCCACUAUGGCCAAGACCAAAGAGCUGUCAAAGGACACCAGAAACAAAAUUGUAGACCUGCACCAGGCUGGGAAGACUGAAUCUGCAAUAGGUAAGCAGUUUGGUUUGAAGAAAUCAACUGUGGGAGCAAUUAUUAGGAAAUGGAAGACAUACAAGACCACUGAUAAUCUCCCUCGAUCUGGGGCUCCACGCAAGAUCUCACCCCGUGGGGUCAAAAUGAUCACAAGAACGGUGAGCAAAAAUCCCAGAACCACACGGGGGGACCUAGUGAAUGACCUGCAGAGAGCUGGGACCAAAGUAACAAAGCCUACCAUCAGUAACACACUACGCCGCCAGGGACUCAAAUCCUGCAGUGCCAGACGUGUCCCCCUGCUUAAGCCAGUACAUGUCCAGGCCCGUCUGAAGUUUGCUAGAGUGCAUUUGGAUGAUCCAGAAGAGGAUUGGGAGAAUGUCAUAUGGUCAGAUGAAACCAAAAUAUAACCUUUUGGUAAAAACUCAACUCGUCGUGUUUGGAGGACAAAGAAUGCUGAGUUGCAUCCAAAGAACACCAUACCUACUGUGAAGCAUGGGGGUGGAAACAUCAUGCUUUGGGGCUGUUUUUCUGCAAAGGGACCAGGACGACUGAUCCGUGUAAAAGAAAGAAUGAAUGGGGCCAUGCAUCGUGAGAUUUUGAGUGAAAACCUCCUUCCAUCAGCAAGGGCAUUGAAGAUGAAACGUGGCUGGGUCUUUCAGCAUGACAAUGAUCCCAAACACACCGCCCGGGCAACGAAGGAGUGGCUUCGUAAGAAGCAUUUCAAGGUCCUGGAGUGGCCUAGCCAGUCUCCAGAUCUCAACCCCAUAGAAAAUCUUUGGAGGGAGUUGAAAGUCCGUGUUGCCCAGCGACAGCCCCAAAACAUCACUGCUCUAGAGGAGAUCUGCAUGGAGGAAUGGGCCAAAAUAACAGCAACAGGGUUUGAAAACCUUGUGAAGACUUACAGAAAACGUUUGACCUGUGUCAUUGCCAACAAAGGGUAUAUAACAAAGUAUUGAGAAACUUUUGUUAUUGACCAAAUACUUAUUUUCCACCAUAAUUUGCAAAUAAAUUCAUUAAAAAUCCUACAAUGUGAUUUUUCUGGAAUUUCUUUUCUCAUUUUGUCUAUCAUAGUUGACGUGUACCUAUGAUGAAAAUUACAGGCCUCUCUCAUCUUUUUAAGUGGGAGAACUUGCACAAUUGGUGGCUGACUAAAUACUUUUUUCCCCCACUGUUAGUACAACAAAACGUAUUUCAUUUAGCUGUAGGUUUUAUUAUGAAAGGUUGCCUAUAAAUGCGUAAAUCAAAUCAAAUUUUAUUGGCCACAUGCGCCGAAUACAACAGGUGUAGACAUUACAGUGAAAUGCUUACUUACAGCCCUUAACCAACAAUGCAUUUAUUUUUUAAUAAAAAAGUUAAAUAAAACAACAACAAAAAGGUGUUGAGGGGAAAAAAAGAGCAGAAGUAAAAUAAAAUAACAGUAGGGAGGCUAUAUAUACAGUGCGGUACCGGUGCAGAGUCAAUGUGCGGGGGCACUGGCUAGUUGAGGUAAUAUGUACAUGUCGGUAGAGUUAAAGUGACUAUGCAUAAAUAAUUAACAGAGUAGCAGCAGCGUAAAAAGUGCAAAUAGUCCGGGUAGGCUCUAUUAUAUUUCACAAUUUAAAUCAAAUUCGCUAGCCUAUAAUUGUAACUUUGUAGGCUGCAUGUCCUGCACUAGAAUCGCAUGGUUUGAACGAGAUGCGUAAUUCCAGUCCAUGUAAUACAGGACAGUAAUAGUCUACACUCAAAAAGAUUGGCCUACUGGAGCUUGUUUAAUUCAUUUACCCAAGAGAGCAUAGCUACAUCUAUGGGCUUUUAUGUUUUUCUGUCGUGCAUAAUGUGCGGUAGCCUAUAUAUCAUAGGCUAUGUAUUGGAUAACGGCAAAAUCAUUUGAGCUUUUUUGGGCAUGGGCUUAUAAAAUAUAUUCUAAUGUGUGGCUCAUCAGGCUCAGGUAGCAUCAGGCUUGAAUUUUCAUGUCGUUAAAAGCUCUAAUCAAAUCCAGACAUAUUUAUAUGCUUUAGAAUGACACUUCCUGUUUUGGCGGGAAAUACUGGGUUACCCGGGAGAAAAAUAGUUUAUUCUCGGAAUGGAACAUUUUGUAAAAUACAGGGAAAAUAUUCAACCCUAGACAACACAGGCUUCUUUAUAUUGGAUGACUGGGAGAAAGCAGCGAAAAGGGUUGUCAUAUUCAUUAGGCACCAAAUGAGGGGGAAAAACUGACUGAGACAGUGAGUUACUACCAGGACUUGUCAAUUAAGAAAAACACAUUUUUGUUUUCCAAUGCAAAUGUUUGAGAACACAUUCCGUUGCGUGCCUUAAUGGACAUGACUCAUGUCUUAAAUCAGGUUAACCUAACCGUGUCCUGUGUCUUUGCCAGUGGUGGAGCCCCACAGUCCGGCCUACUGCCGGAUCGUGAAGCACUUUGGCCCCGAGAUCCUGCUGGAAAAUGGGGAGAUCGACCGGCAGAAGCUGGGUCAGCUCAUCUUCGCCAGCGAGGACAAGCGGCGCCUGCUUAACUCCAUCACCCACCCUGAGAUCCACAAGGCCAUGCUCAAACAGAUCUUCUUCUUCUUCCUCCGAGGUUAGCUAACUAAGUGUAAAAAAUAAAAAAAAUUGGGUGGUCUUACCAUCUACAGUAAAUGUAUCAUAUAUUGUAAAGACACUGAAUUACUUAUGUCACAAUACUCAUAUGAAAAAGUGUAAGGAAUUCUUAAUGGGACAUAUGGAGAAUAAACCAUGGAACACCUAACAUUGUAACUUUCCAUAGAGGGUGGAUUGGAGGAGUCACAGCCAUAGUGUUCAGUGGAGCGGUCCACAGCUCUGGUGUGAGGGCUCUAUUGUAGUGCUGCUCUUCUUUACCCUCCAGGUUAUCGCUACGUGGUGCUAGACGUGCCCCUGCUCUUUGAGACGCGGCGUCUCACACGCUUCCUCAACCACACUGUGGUGGUGUACUGGUAAGACCAACUACGGCUCUCCGACCUUUAGUUUCUAAAAGUUUGAACCUGCUUUAAGAUUUCAACCUAAUAUAUGAUGUGCUCUAGCUUGGAAAAUAAACGUGACAAUAUCUGUUUGCUUCCAACCUUUUAGGACUGUUUUCCUCAAGAAAUGUGUUCUGCUUCAUGUUUACUUUCCUUCCCAUUACAUUUUGAGUAUUGCGAUACUGAGUAUCAUGACAACUAUUGCAGCAUGGCGCUUUGGUGUCAGUGUGCUGCGCUCAGAGUUCAGGUAAAUUGAACGCUGGCCUCGCGCUGUGCCUGACCAAGCGGGGCGCUCUGCGGCUUGCGCCGAUCAAGUGAACGGGCCUUUUAGGUUUCCUAAACCUAGACCAGAGGUGCGUUCAACAAGGGAAAGUACUGUUUCCAAGAGACCAUUCCCUUAAUGUCAAACAGAACUUACCCAGAACCUGGUCACCAUGACCUCAGAAUAUUCAAAAUGAAAUGUUCUAGACACGUUUCAUGAGAAUGUUGCAACAACAUUCCUGUGUCCAGUUUUCUGAGGGUUAUGAGAAUAUUCCAUCAAAGAAUAUUCCAUGGAUACAUGAAAGUUCUUGCAGCGUUCCAAUGAAAUGUGUCUAGAACAUUAAUAUUGAAUAUUCUGAGAUCACAGUGACCACGUUCUGCGUAAGUACUGUUUAAUAUUUAGGGAAUAUUCUCCUAACUAAUGCCAAAACUUGCUAAAUAGGUUUUCAGGACGUUUUUGCUAACAUACAUAGAAUGUUCCCCUAACUAACUGAAAACUGGACACUCAAAACAUCUGGGGAAUAUUACGGGUAAAAUAAAAUGUUAUUUGUCACAUGCGCCGAAUGCUUGUGUUCCUAGCGCCAACAGUUCAGUAGUAUCUAACAAUUCACAACAAUACACACAAAUCUAAAAGUAAAAGAAUGGAAUUAAGAAAUAUAUAAAUAUUAGGACGAGCAAUGUCGGAGUGGCACUGACUAAAAUACAGUAGAAUAGAAUACAGGAUAUACAUAUGAAAGGAGUAAAGCAGUAUGUAAACAUUAUUAAAGUGACCAGUGAUUCCAUGUCUAUGUAUAUGGGGCAGCAGCCUCUAAGGUGCAGGAUUGAGUAACCGGUGGUAGCCGGCUAGUGAUGGCUAUUUAACAGUCUGAUGGCCUUGAGAUAGAACCUGUUUUUCAGUCUCUCGGUCCCAGCUUUGAUGCACCUGUACUGACUUCGCCUUCUGUAUGGUAGCGGGGUGAACAGGCUGUGGCUCAGGUGGUUGAUGUCCUUGAUGAUCUUUUUGGCCUUCCUGUGACAUCGGGUGCUCUAGGUGUCCUGGAGGGCAGGCAGUGUGCCCGCGGUGAUGCGUUGGGCAGACCGCACCAACCUCUGGAGAGUCCUGCGUUUGUGGGUGGUGUAGUUGCUGUACCAGGCGGUGAUGCAGUCCGACAGGAUGCUCUCAAUUGGGCAUCUGUAAAAGAUUGUGAGGGUCUUAGGGGCCAAGCCGAAUUGCGAUGGUGAUUGCAUCGUCUGUGGAUCUAUUGGGGCAGUAUGCAAAUUGAAGUGGGUCUAGGGUGUCAGGUAAGGUAGAGGUGAUAUGAUCCUUAACUAGCCUCUCAAAGGACUUCAUGAUGACAGAAGUGAGUGCUACAGGGCGAUAGUCAUUUAGUUCAGUUAUCUUUGCUUUCUUGGGUACAGGAACAAUGGUGGCCAUCUUGUAGGGACAGCAAACUGGGAUAGGGAGAGAUUGAAUAUGUCCGUAAACACACCAGCCAGCUGGUCUGCGCAUGCUCUGAGGAUGUGGCUAGGGAUGCCGUCUCGACCGGCAGCCUUGCGAGGGUUAACAUGCUUAAAUGUCUUACUCACGUCGGCCACGGAGUACGAGAGCCCACCAUCCUUGGGAGCGGGCCGCGUCGGUGGCACUGUGUUAUCCUCAAAGCAGGCGAAGAAGGUGUUUAGCUUGUCCGGGAGCAUCUUGUCCGGGACCAUAUUUCCAGUCACCUUGCCAUGGUUAAAUGCGGUGGCCAUCUAUCCACGGUUUCUGGUUUGGGUAGGUUUUAAUAGUCACAGUGGGAACAACAUCCCCUAUACACUUCCUGAUGAACUCAGUCACCGUGUCUGUGUAUAAGUCAAUGUUAUUCUCAGAGGCUACCCGGAACAUAUCCCAGUCCGCGUGAUCAAAACAAUCUUGAAGCAUGGAUUCCGACUGGUCAGACCAGCGUUGAAUAGACCUUAGCACGGGUACUUCCUGUUUGAGUUUCUGCCUAUAGGAAGGGAUGAGCAAAAUUGAUUUGUGAUCUGAUUUGGCUCUCCCUUCAGCAAAUCAGAUCACAAAUCAAUUUUACUCAUCCCUUCCUAUAGGCAGAAACUCAAUCAAAAUUGAUUCGUGAUCUGAUUUGCCGAAGGGAGUGCGGGGGAGGGCCUCGUAGGCAUCCCAGAAGGGGGAGUAGCGGUGGUCGAGCGUUUUUCCAGCACGAGUACUACAGUCAAUGUGUUGAUAGAUCUUCGGUAGCGUUUUCCUCAAAUUCGCUUUGUUAAAAUCCCCAGCUAUAAUAAAUGCGGCCUCAGGAUAUGUGGUUUCCAGUUUGCACAAAGUGCAGUGUAGUUCCUUGAGGGCCGUUGUGGUAUCGGCUUGAGGGGGAAUAUACACGGCUCUGACUAUAACCAAAGAGAAUUCUCUUGGGAGGUAAUACAUUCUGCAUUUGAUUGUGAGGUAUUCUAGGUCGGGUGAACAAAAGGACUUGAGUUUCUGUACAUUAUCACAAUCACACCAUGAGUAGUUAAUCAUGAAACAUACACCACCGCCUUUCUCCUUCCCGGAGAGUUCUUUAUUCCUGUCUGCGCAAUGUACUUAGAACCCAGCUGGCUGUAUGGACGGGGACAGUAUAUCCGGAGAGGGCCAUGAUUCCGUGAAACAGAGUAUGUUACUGUCCCUGAUGUCUCUGGAAAGAGAUCCUCGCCCUGAGCUCAUCUACUAUAUUGUCCAGAGACUUAACAUUAGUGAGUGAUAUACUCGGAAGUGGUGGAUGGUGUGCCCGCCUCCUGAGUCGGAUUAGAAGUCCAUUCCGAAUACGUCUUCUCCCCCGGCGGCGUCUUAGAGCAGCCUCUGGGAUAAGUUCAAUUGCCCUGGGGGGUAUGAACAAAGGAUCCAAUUUGGGAAAGUCGUAUUCCUGGUCGUAAUGCUAGUGAGUUACCGGCGCUCUGAUAUCCAAAAGUUAUUUCCGGCUGUAUGUAAUAACACAAAAAACUUUCUGGGCUAAUAAUGUAAGAAAUAACAACAACAAAAAAAUACUGCAAAGUUGCUUAGGAGCUAGAAGCAGAGCUGCCAUGUCUGUCGGCGUCAUCUUAAUGGUAGCAAUUAAAAGGGAACAGUUUGAAGAUUAUGGGAAAAUUAGUAGACUAAAGGGUGAGGACACAACAGUUCACCUGACACGACUGAAUCCAAACAUUCCACUGUUGAUUUUGUACAUUUUACAUUGACUGUACUUUUCACCACAUUUGUUGAUAACGAAAUCUGAAAAUACUCAUUCAGUAAUAUUCUGGAAAAUUUGGAGUAGGUGCAACAUAAGACCAAACGAUUCCAAGGGUUUGAGUGAGAGGUCUAACUGGUGUUUCCAAAUGGCCACACACCUCUCCAAAGUGUGCACAGUUCCAAAGUAAUUUCAAUGCACCUUUAUGACUCAAAGAAUAGUCAUAAAGGUGAUCUUUUUUUAGCUCUCUUAGCUAUGACAAUGAGGAACUAGAGCAAGCACACUUGUAGUUAUUUUGUUUGGAACACAGUCCUGCAUCCCCGCCUUUAUACAAUUACUGUUGUUUACGCAAUCCAAAAACGGUCCUUUAUAAAUCGUAAUCUGGGUCAGGUGGGCAUAAUUGUAAAGCUUGUUCUAUUGCCAACAUUACUAGCAAAAUUAUAAAAAACUAUCUUAGUGUUAGGCUUUCACAAGACAAUUCAGAGAAGCAGAUUGUAAUUUUGGUGCGCAUAGAACAGAGUCAUGAUGACAUCAAAGCGGUAUUUAUUAUAAUCCUCAAUGUCAAAUUUUUGUAAUUUACAGCAUUUCCCUCACCCAGACAACAGAAAAUAGCUCAAGUUGCCCAAUUAGCUGGAGGGAUGGGGGCAACUUAUUGUCGUGCAGUGCUCAAGUUCAGAACGGCUGUCGGUCAAAACCCAUACAGAGCGGAGAUGCUGAGCUCUGAUGUCAUGUAUAUCAUGUUACUGUACAGCCACUGCAUUCCAAUUUAGGUGCUUAUCAUUGUCCAAAUCUGCCAGUGUAAAGGGUUAAACAUGUUCUCUUUUCCUGAUCCAGUGACCCGGCCACCCAGCUGUCACGCCUCAUGAACCGGGACGGGCUGACCCAGGAGCAGGCGGAGCAGCGUGUGGCCGCCCAGAUGCCCUUAAACGAGAAGCGGGGAUUAGCCAGUCACGUGGUGGAAAACUCGGGCAGCCGCGAGGACACCCAGCGCCAGGUGCUGCGGCUGCACACCAAGCUGGAGGACUCCAUGGAGUUCCUGCUGGCCAGGGCCAUCGCCAUAGCAACCGCCGCCGGCCUGGGCGGACUACUUCUCUACGCCGCCAAAUUGCUGGCGUCU